UUGUAGCGCUGAAUAGCGCUAGUAGCGUCUCCCCGAACGCACUCUAACAACUAACUCGCCGUGUUUCGCUGCGACACAGGAUAUUCUUCGACGCGAAUUUGAUCAAUGUGGUGACGCGUCCGUCGUAACGACCUUAACCUUAUCGCGACAGGCUGGCGCGUGGUGGAACAUGCUCGGCAGCGAGACGUGAGGCUAUAUCGCACGCUGCUCAUCGCGCGAGAGAAUUAUACCUGGCUACAAGGCUCGUCGUCAGGAACGUUCGCCAGGUUCACAAUGAAGUCCAACAAAAACAUAAAUAAUGGUGGAUUGUGGGGAGAAUUGCCAGCACGAGAGACGCUCAAGCAGGAGGUGAUAACGCCGGACCUCAUAGAAAACGUUUGGCGACAGGUCAUAGAUGAUUCAAACAGCACUGACUGCGACUACCGGAUUGAUCGACAACCUGAAUACUUGCAAUUACCAACAGGAAAUUUACAUGUUCUGAACACUAUAAAUCUUCAUCAACAAUUGCGUACAAUGGACGAAGGAACUGUGCUUGAGAAUAUGACCGUCAUAGAGUCGCAGGAUUCAAAAGAUACACCAAGUUCUAGAAGUUUAUUUCACUUUCUACCUUAUCAAUCAAAUAGAAGCACAUUUAAAGAUGGUUCUACCAUACAUCACUUGACGCCACAAACCGCGCAGAAUUUAUUGAGGCACGCAGUGACGACUUUAUUAGCACACAUAGGAUUCGAAAAUUCGUCGGAUGUAGCUAUAGAGACGCUCACCGAUGUCGCGGAUCACUUUCUCAGGCGGAUGUCUCUUCUGUUGAAAGUAGCGACUGAACAGAAAGAUCAUGGAUUUCCUGACGCUAUGGAGAGAGUAUUAGUGGAGACAGGCGUGGGAGGAGUGUCGGCGUUGCACGACUACUAUCAGGAGUACGUCUUGAAGUUCGAAGAGAAUACGAGGAAGAAGGUCGAGGAAACGAUGGAGAAACAACAGAGGAUGGUCCUGGACGAGGCGGCUAACAAGCUGCAGUUUGAAGAGCUGGACGAGUUUGGCAAUGUGUACCGGGAAGUACCUACGUUGCAGCUGCUCGAUCCCGAAAUGGGAUUUCCACCCAGCCUGGAUGCUGGCUUUCAAAUGCUCUAUAGUCUCGAACAGGACGAGUAGGCUUUCUCUCGCGCGCGUACGCACGUCCGGUCGCGGAUCAGAGUGAUAAUCUUGCUGCUUCCAGAUUGAAUAGCAUGGGAGAAGAGGAGGAAGCGUGAACGUUAGCGAUUCCUCGAGCGCGGAACUGCGAUCGGAUGUACCUGUGGAUAGGAAAAGAUGACGCAUCCCGAAAACGAGAUUACAGCACAAUUAAGUUUGAAAACAAAAUCAAGAAUAUGAUUUCUAUUCUCCUAAAUCUUGAUCUUUGUAUAAGGAUUGGACGUUCAUACGUAAAAUAUAAAUCUAUACAAUAUAAA